AUGCCGACGUGGGGUCCCAGUCCGUUCGAACCGCUGCAGCUCUCAGUGGACGAUGCGUCCCAGCUAGGCGAGAUCGCUCGAGUAUUCGUCCAAGACAGUGUGCACAGCUAUGAAAAAUAUCUGUACGAGGACCAGCGUCGACUGGAUGAGCGGCAGUGGAAAUUAACCAAGCAACGCGCGGGCGUGCACGUGUACGUGGAGCAGCCACUCAAAGAGCGACGUAAAGUCGGUGGCGCUACACAAGACGAGCUGGAGAGAGAGUACCGCCAUCAGCGUCCAUGCCCCUCAGCGGGAGAGAAGGUGACGGCCGCUGCCGCCGCGUCAUUGGCGGAUCUCCCGCUUCUUCUGGCCGUCGGGACCAUUGCCGGUACGCUGGACGACGCCAUGUACGGGGCCGUGAACUCAACAAUAGAUACCAUGAUGAUCAAGUCGUCGUAUGUAGGGGACAAUAUGGCGGAUGGGGCCGUUCUAGCUACCAUAGUGGAGCCGUCUCCAAACGAUCCGUUCCAUUCUUUGACAGUCAAAUGGAUGGAGAACGAACAGCUACAUGUCUUGAAACCCGUGGUGAAAAACCGGGAUUUCGUGUAUUUAGAAGUCACGGGACUCGCAGAACUGGACACGGGCGAACGCGUCGGGUACCACUUACUUCAUUCCGUGAAUUUCCCGCAGACCCCUGAGUUAGAAGGUCGUGUACGCGCGAACUUAUCGGUGGGGGCGGUGUACAGACAGGAGCGCGAAGGACUUGUGGAUGUCUAUGUACGCGCUAUCUUGAACCCGUGUGGGAGUAUUAUCCGCUCGCUGGUAGUGAGAUCUGUGGCGGACGCGAUCAUUUCAGUCACGGAGAUCGCAGAGUGUGCGCAGAAGAAGAAACUGGCGUGGCUGGCCAAGACGUCGCGGGAGAAAAGACGUCUGAGGGCCAUGCAGAGCGCUGUAGCGGCGGUAGUGGAAGCCAAUAGGAUCCACUCUCCCACUGCCCAGUCCAAUGCCACCAGCACAACGUCCAGCUCUGCUACGACUCGACCCAGUGUUCCCAUUCCAGCUUCGGAAACUCCAGCGGCUGCGAACGGGAUGGAGAAAUGCACGUCGUGUCAAAAGCGUUCGGUACACAGAACCCCGUCCGGCAACCUGGUGAAUACGUACGGCAAACGUUCGGAUCGAGACCAAUGCAAACUCUGCUACAAAUACGUCUGCUCUUCUUGUCGAGUGAAGCACAGACUGACCUUUAUGAAGCCUCAAGGAGGUCUCGUGCGUCCAGAUCUCCGCUUCUGUGGACGAUGUAUAGAUCGAGCUAGAGCAGCCGACACGGCGGCGAUUGCUAGUGAAGAGCUGGCGUCAGGAGAGGAGUUUUUAGAGUUCUACCAGAGUUUAACAAGGUGA